AAUAGAGCUGGUUUAUUCAUUUGUAGAGAUCCGGGAUGCUCCGACUCUGCUGGAAAUGCCUCAGAAGUAAAGGAGCCUGGCAGUUUAUCUAUAUGAGCAAACAGCUUUGUAGAUUAAAAAAAAAAUCUGCAAACAAAAAAAGUUCUUGGAUACGCUUUGCGAUGAGCUGGAGUAAAUGAUAAGUUGUUUUGGACAUCUUGGACGAGGAGGAGAGUCGGCUUUGAAGCUCACAAGUUUAGACAGCUAACGCUACGCCGACGUUUGCUAACGUUAGCGGCGCAAUAGCCUAGCCUGCUAGGUAAAUAUUACGACUGCCUUUCGGAGUUUCCUGCAUUUGCGUCCACGGUGUCAACAUAAGAACUGUGUCGUUAGUAGUCAUUUUGUACCAUCAUUUUAUUAAAUAUAAUAGUACGCUUCGCUCCAACGAGAUGGGUGGAUUUUUGUUACGUUACACACAAAGCUAACUGGCUAUAGUUAGCCUGUUCGUAUGCUAGCUGACAUUAGCUAAGCAACUUCGGCAGGAGAGUUUCGGCGAGCUAACCACGACAGUAUUGUCGCUCACAAUCAACCUCUGCUGUUAAAAGCAGACAGCCUGCAGUCAUGUUUGAAAUGGAGACACAUAUAUCGUGCCUUUUCCCGGAGAUCUUGGCCAUUAUUUUCAGUUAUCUGGACGUUAAAGACAAAGGAAGAGUAGCCCAAGUGUGCGCGGCCUGGAGAGACGCGUCCUACCACAAGUCGGUAUGGAGGGGGGUGGAAGCCAAGCUCCAUCUGCGGCGAGCUAACCCGUCUCUGUUCCCCAGUCUGCAGACCAGGGGGAUCAAAAAAGUUCAGAUUCUCAGCCUCAGGCGAAGUCUGAGCUACGUGAUUCAAGGGAUGCCGCACAUCGAAAGCCUUAACCUGUGUGGAUGUUUCAACCUCACAGACAACGGACUCGGACAUGCCUUUGUGCAGGACAUCCCAUCCCUGCGGGUGCUGAACCUCAGCCUUUGUAAACAGAUCACUGACUCCAGCCUGGGCAGGAUUGCCCAGUACCUCAAAAACCUGGAGGUGCUUGAACUUGGGGGAUGCAGCAAUAUCACGAACACAGGCCUGUUGCUCAUUGCCUGGGGCUUGCACAGACUCAAGAGCCUUAACCUGCGCAGCUGCAGGCAUGUGUCUGAUGUGGGCAUCGGUCACCUGUCAGGCAUGACCCGCAGUGCUGCAGAGGGCUGCCUGUCCCUGGAGAAGUUAACCUUGCAGGACUGCCAGAAGCUGACUGACCUUUCUCUCAAACAUGUCUCAAAGGGCCUGAACAAGCUCAAAGUGCUCAACCUCAGCUUCUGUGGAGGGAUAUCGGAUGCAGGGAUGAUCCACCUGUCGCACAUGACCCACCUGUGCAGCCUGAACCUGCGGUCGUGUGAUAACAUCAGCGACACAGGGAUAAUGCAUUUGGCCAUGGGCUCCCUUCGGCUAUCUGGACUUGAUGUCUCCUUCUGUGACAAGAUUGGAGACCAGAGCCUGGCUUACAUCGCCCAGGGGUUGUAUCAGCUCAAGUCCCUCUCUCUUUGUUCCUGCCAUAUCAGUGAUGAUGGCAUUAACAGGAUGGUACGCCAGAUGCACGAACUCAAGACUCUCAACAUUGGACAGUGUGUGAGGAUCACAGACAAAGGGUUGGAGUUGAUAGCUGACCACCUGACCCAGCUGACAGGGAUUGAUCUGUACGGUUGUACUAAGAUCACCAAGAGGGGUCUGGAGAGGAUAACGCAGCUCCCGUGCCUUAAAGUGUUAAACCUGGGACUGUGGCAGAUGACUGAGAGUGAGAGAGUGAGGUGAACGCGCCCCUAUUUAGUGUACAUGUGUUUCUUUGUGUAUAGUGCUCAGUUGUGUACUGAGAGGGGCUGCCUGUAUCCAUUCUUAAUUUUACCUUCCAAACUGUGACUAAAAACAAGGAGAGGGACUCGGCAUUGAUCACUGGAAUAUUGUUCACCUCUGCUGCAAUACUCCACUCUUACUCACAUUUUGUUUCAGUCUUGUGCUCUUUUUCGAUGUGCAUUGUUUAAUCUCAGCCUGUGUACAGUUCCUACUAUCUAGCUACCUCACCCAUCAAACACAGGAGUGCCUACUAUCGCUGAAUUCUAGAUUACAUUGCAUAUUUUUGUGGCUCGCAUACCAAUGGAGAUUUUGAUAUUUAAAAAAAAAUCUCAUUGCAGAAUAAUAGCUAGGCAUUUUAACUCUUGACAGAAAGGCUGGAGUACCUUGGAUUGAAGUUUUUUGUUUGUUUUUUAUUUUUUGGCUGAUGUAUUUUUUACUUGUGUAACCAAUAUUUUUUGUAUUGAAUGACUGUUGUUGACAAAAUUGUACUUCAAAUUGAAGUGGGUGGAUCACUCCUGUCUGUCUUUGUUUACCUAUGUAUAGUUGGCUAUGUUUCAUAUUCCUGAGGAAAUAAGCAUGUAUCAGAUGUUCCAGUAUGCUACUCUGUCAAAGGUUCAUCAACACAACUACAGUAAUUAACAGCUGCCAAGGCUAUAUGCAAUACCUUUUUUAAAACUGGUUAUCAGUGGUUUUUCUCCUGAGGAGCUUCCAGCAAUAGUGUCAGAGUAUUUGUUUAAAAAAGCAGUAAUUUAAGAUUGUUUUAUAUUCAUACAGUAGUGAUAUUUAUGAAUAAAGAUGGCAAAUAUGUUUGAGUUUUAUGUGCUUUACUUGUAGAAUUUGUAACAUUUUUACCAACAAUUAUUUGAUUUAUGAUCAUAGAUCUCUAAGGUUUGUGCAGUUUAGGGCGCCUUUUGCAAUGUCUUUCGUCUGUAAAACUAUAGUCUUAAUUGCCAAGUUUUUUAUGUAUAUGCUGCAUAAGAUAAUCAGGAGAAUGCCUUUUAUUUCUUGCUUUCAGGGCUCUAUAAUACUGAUGAGUGCUUUGAGGGCUCUGCCACAGACAUGUUGGGCCCUGUAUGCUUACUUUUUUGAGGACAGCAAUCCUACAGAAUUCGCUUGAGGAAACAACCCACAAUUCAUUGCACUGAACACUUUUGGGAUGAUGCACAAAGAAUCUGGCGAGAUUGCAAGCACUGUGUUUAGUUGUCUUAUGAUGACAUCCUGUUUUCCAAAUAAGUUUUCAUCCUGAAACUUUCUUGGAAACAGCAGUUGAAAACAUUUUAACCACAGGGUCAAUUUCAUAGCUUUUCUGUUCUGGAGCUUUCAAUUGGCGUUUAAUGCUCAGAAAUCAAACAGCUACAAAUCCAUGACAACUGGACAAACUCUGCUUAGGACGAUUGUGUGAUACGGUUAAAAGCUCCAGAAGAGCUACUAAAUGGACCUUGAGGUGAGAUUAGUUUUUUCAGCAAGCUUUCAGCCGAUAUGAUCCAGGAUAUUUUAUUUUUUAUUUUUUGCUAACAAUCUGGGAGCAAACAACAAUCACUCCAGUUAAUUGAACUACAUAAAAUGUGAGCUCCACUUUACAGCCACAGAAAAGCUGUUUGUGACAAAGUGCUUUUAUAUUCCUCAUAUAGCAGAUCUCUUGCACCUUUUUGCACUCACAUGUACACUGAAUAUACAGAUGGCAUCCACUUCUGUAAAUCUCUAAGGGUUUGAUACUUGUGUGGACUUCGACUGGGGCGUUGAGUCUAUCACUGGCCUCUGAUUGGGCAAACAAAAUCAGACAUUUCUUGAGGAGUUAAAUAAAUGAACAUAGACAGUGGGCAAGUCUGUGGCCAGUUAAUCAAUGUAGAACUUAAUUUCCACAAUUACUAAUGGUCUUCCUGGAAAAGCAUACGUAUUUGCCCAGGAUAAACAUGGGUUUAAAAACUUUACUUUGCCAACUCCACUUAAAUGUCAUACUAUACAAUUUGGUUUCCAAUAAUAAAGGUGCUCAAGUCUGAAACUA